AUGAUUAACAAAGCAAUAAAAAAAUUAGUUUCGAAAAAUUUUCUAUGUUUUGCCUCAAGACAAAAACAGAAUAAGAUUAUAAAUCAUAAUAAAAAUAUUAUAAGCAUAAAUGUAAGUAAUAUCAGAAAUGUAAGCAACAUUAAAAAUGUAAGCAAUGUUGGAAGCGGUUUAUUUGAUGGUAUCCCAAAUGAAGAAAUUGAUAAGGAUAAAUUAAUAUAUUUAGUGAAGAACAUGCAAAUGGUUAAUUUGAAAGAAAAGGGUAUAUUAAAUAAUAUUAGCAAUUUAUUAAAAAGGCAUAUGAACCAAUUUACCAUAGAUGAAAUAUAUUUAAUUAUACAUUCUUUUAGCAAAUUAGAUUUUAGAAAAUAUUCCUUAUAUAAUAAUUUUGUAAAAAUUAUAAUGACAAAAAAACCGGUAAUAAAUACAAGAACAUUAACACAAAUGUUAAUUGAUCUUCAUAAAACAUCGUCUUUAGAUCUAAACGCUUUAACAUUUUUUACACAAUAUUAUAUAAAUAAUUUAGUUAAAAAUUUUUCUUUAUUUGACCUUUCUAUGAUAUUGUAUAUAUUUAAUAAAUAUAAUUACAACGAUUUUAUAACUGUCAAUAAAAUAUGUCAGACUAUUUCGGACCAUUUUAUUCCUAUAAUUGAUGAGGAUAAAGGUGUGCUAACAACUAUUUUGUUAAGUCUAUCUGUACUUAAUUUGAAUUAUGAAAUUUAUUCGAAUUUUCUAAAAUUAUAUGUAUAUACAAAUUAUGAAAAAUUUGAAAUAAAAUAUUUGUGUAAUAUUUCAUAUUCCAUCGCACUUUGGCUAGCUCGGGGUUCCGUAAAAGACAAAUUUUUAAGUGAAUUAUUAAAAGAUAUCGUAUUUUUGUUAAUAAAUAAUAUGCAGAAGCUCAAAAAUGACGAAUUGAAACAGCUUCACAUAGUACUAUACUUUUUAAGGGCAAUGGAGGAAAAUUAUGAAGACGCUAUAAAAAAAAUUGAAAAAAAAAAUAUUAAAAACACAAUAACUGUGUCGAAAAUGCAACAACAAGUUGAAAAAAUUUUCACAGAAAUCGGAUUAAAUGUGAAUAAGGAAUUUCCUGUGGGUCCAUAUGUAUUAGAUUUUGCAUUGAAAAAAAAAAAGAUUUAUGUUGAAGUGAAUGGGUUUACACAUUAUUACACAUUUGAUGGAAAGAUAAAUAAUAAAACAAAUCUUAAAUAUUUUAUACUAAAUAAGCUUAAAUGGAAGAUUGUUACUAUCGAGUAUAUGGAUUGGAAAAACAAAUCAAAAGAUGAUAAAAUAAAAUAUAUAGAGACAAAUAUAUUGGAAAAAAUAAAAUAG